AGUUGAAUGCAAGCAGAGACAGAAACUAUCAAAACCUUUGAGCGUGUAAGAGAAGGCAAGUGAUGCUGUGAGGGUCUUUUUGCGCAGACAAUUCUUUUAAAGGAAAUUAAAAAACAAGGAAAUUAUAAAGGGGGCUAAUACUUAACUGCUAUGUUUACAUCCUUUACCAUUUUCCUCUCGCCUGUUUCUCCUUCUCAUUUCCUAUCCUUCAAUCGUCUUCCUCCCUCUCUGCCUCCUUCUGACAGACCUUUUGAGGACAACAUCAAGAAGACUUAUUUCGGCAACUAAAACACAGUCAAUAUCAACCAUGGCAACUGAUGAAGAGAAUAUUGGCAAUUUAAAGCGACAAUUGGCUAAACUCUUUGAAGAGUCCCUUAAAUUAACAGUUCCUGAUGAAUCUAAUGUUGAGCCGUUAGUUGCUGCAUGCACUGCAAAAUUUGGCGAUUACCAAUGUAAUAAUGCCAUGGACCUCUGGUCCAAAAUCAAAGGAAAGGGCAGUGGAUUCAGGGGUCCUCCAUCAGUCGGACAGGCCAUCAUGAAAAAUCUUCCACCAUCCAAAAUGAUAGAAUCAUGCUCUGUAGCUGGACCUGGAUUUGUAAAUGUUGUAUUAUCCAAAAAUUGGAUGGCUGAGAACAUUCAAAAGAUGCUUAUUGAUGGAGUUGAAACAUGGGCACCUAGUAUUUCUGUCAAAAGAGCUGUGGUUGACUUUUCAUCACCCAAUAUUGCCAAAGAAAUGCAUGUUGGUCACUUACGAUCUACUAUUAUUGGUGACACGUUAGCUCGUUUGCUUGAGUUCUCAAAGGUUGACGUUCUACGACGAAACCAUGUUGGUGAUUGGGGGACACAGUUUGGAAUGCUAAUUGAAUUCCUGAAAUUCUCUCUGGGCAACUCUGAUCCAUUAUUACCAUACAGUUAUUGCUAUUCCAAUUUGUAUAGACCAUUACCGGCACUAAAAGCAUUUUAUAAAGCAUCAAAAAAGAGAUUCGAUGAAGAUCCUGCUUUUAAGGAGAGGGCACAACAGGCUGUGGUUCGCCUUCAGGGUGGGGAGUCCAAGUACCGCAAAGCAUGGGCACAAAUAUGUGAAAUCAGCCGCAAUGAGUUUGAUAAAGUUUAUAAACGCCUUGGAGUUCAGCUAGAAGAGAAGGGGGAAAGCUUCUACAAUCCUUAUAUUCCAAAAGUAAUAGAAACAUUAAGUAAUCAAGGAUUAGUAGAAGAAAGUGAAGGUGCUCGUGUUAUCUUUAUUGAAGGGAUCAAUAUUCCUCUUAUUGUUGUCAAAAGUGACGGCGGUUACAACUAUGCUUCAACUGAUCUAGCUGCUCUUUGGUAUCGCCUUAAUGAAGAGACAGCUGAUUGGAUUAUAUAUGUUACUGAUGUCGGCCAGCAGCAGCAUUUUGAUAUGGUAUUCAAAGCUGCCAAACGUGCUGGUUGGCUCCCUGAUAAUGGUAGCACGUAUCCUAAAACUAGCCAUGUUGGUUUUGGUCUUGUAUUGGGAGAGGAUGGCAAGCGCUUUCGAACAAGGAACACAGAAGUGGUUCGAUUAGUUGAUUUACUUGAUGAAGCCAAGACUCGUAGUAAAGCGGCACUUAUUGAGCGUGGUAAGGACAAAGAGUGGACUGCGGAGGAGCUUGAACAAACUGCUGAGGCGGUUGGUUAUGGUGCUGCCAAACGUGCUGGUUGGCUCCCUGAUAAUGGUAGCACGUAUCCUAAAACUAGCCAUGUUGGUUUUGGUCUUGUAUUGGGAGAGGAUGGCAAGCGCUUUCGAACAAGGAACACAGAAGUGGUUCGAUUAGUUGAUUUACUUGAUGAAGCCAAGACUCGUAGUAAAGCGGCACUUAUUGAGCGUGGUAAGGACAAAGAGUGGACUGCGGAGGAGCUUGAACAAACUGCUGAGGCGGUUGGUUAUGGUGCUGUUAAGUAUGCUGACCUGAAGAAUAACAGAUUAACUAAUUACACUUUUAACUUUGAUCAGAUGCUUAAUGAUAAGGGCAACACUGCUGUCUAUCUGCUUUACGCUCAUGCUCGGAUCUGUUCAAUCAUUAGAAAAUCUGGUAAAGACAUAGAGGAGCUGAAGAAGACGGGGACGCUCAUAUUAGAUCAUGUGGAUGAGCGUGCUCUGGGGCUUCACUUGCUGCAAUUUGCAGAGAUUGUUGAGGAGGCCUGCACCAAUCUGUUGCCAAACAAGUUGUGUGAAUACCUCUAUAAUUUAUCUGAAUACUUCACCAAAUUCUAUUCUAAUUGCCAGGUAGUUGGGUCUCCAGAGGAAACAAGUCGAUUAUUGCUAUGUGAGGCAACUGCUACUGUUAUGAGGAAAUGCUUUCACCUACUUGGAAUUGUACCCGUUUACAAGAUAUGAUAUUUCACAAUGCAAAUUCAUAACCCAUCAUGAGAGGGUUAAGUAUUGAUUUUGUUUCGACCCCGGAAAAUUUGUAUACAGUAUGAUUUGUUGAUGGUGGAAAAAUUUUGCUAUUUGCAAAAAUGAUAAGUAGCCAAAUAUUUUUCCAGAUAAUAUUAUUUCAUUCAUGUAGUAUAUGGGCAGUUAAAUUUCCUAA